GCUGUGAGCGUUGUCGUCCUUCGGCCAAGCCAAGCAGGGUGAGAUGUCGGCAUACAUUCGCGAGAACCGCAUAAGUUUCGUCGAGAGUCUCGUGACGGCGUCGGCCGAGAAACUUAUGCGGUAAGUCCGCCGGGGCCAAUUGGCCGGGGCAUAUGGCUCGUGGUGGCGUUGUGCACAACCUGUUGCGUUGGUCUGCCUGACACGAUAUUUGACGAUUCGGGUAUGUACGCUUGGUGCGGAGGGAGAUGAGAUGCGGGUCUCUUGUGGUGUGUACAGAUGUAUGCGUGUGUGCCCUCAGCGGGGUUGCGUGAGCUGACGGUUCGACUUUCGACCGCAUCCCCUGCGGAGCAACGAGCCUUCAUCCUCGACCUCUUCACCCGGGUGGCGGACAUGUCGACUCAGCAGCAGCACCGAGCCAAGGCCGCCGUUCAGCUCGGCUCGAUCAUCGAGAAUCACUUGUGCUCCGAGGUCGUGGAUGAGGUGUUCGACGAGCAGGCCAGCACAGGGUCGCUGCACCACUUCCUCAGCUCAGUCCUGGCCCUCCUCCCACCCCCACCGCACGGCAGCGAGACCGACACGAGCUGGCCCCAGCACUUCAGCGCCACUUGCUUCGUGGCGUGUGCGGCGCUCAGGAGUGCCAACGCACAGAAGGGGCCCAGCGUGCGGGGCCUUCACGCCCACCUGCUGACCCACAGCCGCGAUGCACUGGACCUCAUCGAAGAGGCCACUUCGAGCAGGUAGGUCGGCCCUGCCAGACCACACACACAGCAGUCACAGCGUCACUUCUUUGGUUGACUGCAGUGAAGCGAUGGUGCGUUCCGUCGCGGUUCAGGUCCUGCAAGCGUUUGUGCAGGACCUGGAGCCAGCUGCAGGUCUAGUGUCGCUGCGGCUGUCGGGCUUCUACCACUUGUCGCAGUGCAUCUUCGGGGCGCUUGAGAACGGACUCAGCCUCCCCUUGCGGAUGCACAUGCUGAUGGUGCACUGCGGCGCGGUGGAGCCCUACAUCAAGUGUGUACUUGGCACAGGUGCGUGUCUCGUGCCCAAUCACACUCUCACCCAUGUGUCUGCCUGCCUGGGUCCAUGUGCGUCUGACGGCCUAUGUCAUGGAUGUAUGCAGAGCCGACCAGCGAGGCCGUCCAUGCGGUGCUGCGUGCACUCCAGAAGCACUGCUUCCCCCAUGUGGCGACCCUCGUCAACACGGCGCUCUCCAGCACGGCCCCAGCUACCACUCAGUGGGCCGCGUGGAUGAUCCUAGGAUGCAUCAGCAUAUACGUCUACAUGCUGCUGACGGCCGGAUGCGCCUCUCCAGGUCGGUACCUAGUUCAGGACAAACUCAUGGCAGGCAUCAUUGCACAAUGUUGUGUGCGUACGUGCAGACGUGCAAUCGAGUGUGCUCGAGGCCUGUGGGCCCUUUGUCGACGAGGUGACGCAACCGGCCUUCCUCGGCGCCGUGGUGAAGGCCCUCAACAGCCGCAGUAACCGCGUUUCCGGAUUCAGCCAGAACCUACAGCUCACUUUGGUGACCAAUAUUCCCCUCCUGUCAUUCUGUGCUGUCGGUAAGCUGCACGAACCACUCCCAAAGACCAGCUGCCCACCGAUCUGUCUUUCUUUGUGUGUGCCUGCAGACAAGGCCGGUGUCAUCGAGUCGGGUUUGUCUGCGGCAUUGGCAGCUCUCAUGACCGACGACGGCGUCAUGCGAGAUUCGCACGGCCCGUUGGCGGCUUUGCAUCUGACGGCUGCCGCAGUAGGAGUCGUGGACCACUGGCCGAAGGUGGGCUAGCGCAUGAGUGGCAGCUGAGGCGAUAACCUGUCUGUAUGUCGUUGGUUUGUCCUGUCAGGUUGCCGCUGCCGAGGGGUUCGCGACUGCCGUGUGCAGAAUGCUGCUCGGGCUGCUGAGAGGCCGCCGCGAUCCCGGUGAUGACACGAUCGAGGGUGACGUGGUCAACAACGUAUGUAAGACUCUGAAGCGCCUUGUCAGGUGUGUCAAGUGACCCACCAUCUAUGUCGCCGAUGUGUCUGUCCAUCCAUCUGUAUCGUGCCUGCCUCUGUGCAGCUAUGGCGACGAUGUGAUGGAGCGUAGAGGCGAGACGCAGAACCACAUCGCACGACAGAUUCUCCAGGUCAGUCAGUAAGACAAGUUUGCCAUACUAUCGUGGAUGGCUUUCUUCUCCUUGUGAUGUGUCCAGGAGGGCUCUGUCAAGACGAUGCGCGACGAGAACACCGCAAAACGACUCAACGUGCCCAAGCAGGUCGCACACACAAACGCUGAUACACAUGCGACCGCUGCUCACUUUGGCUGCUUGUCAUGCAGAUCUUGGACUUGUUUGACCGCAUCGAGAAGGCGGAGACCGACCGGUAUGAGAAGGCCAUAGAGGCCGAGUUCGACGACACUCCUUCGACCGCCCCCACCCCAGCCAACACCGCCGCCACCACCAAGAAGGGCAAGAAGGCCGGCAGCAAGAAGAAGAAGGGCAAGGGCAAGGGCAAGACCAGGCCAGGAGGGGCCAACACUUCGUCGGGUCUGUCGCCAGUCGCACCCGUCGACCACGAUGGGUACGCAGGCAGCGAGGGGAGGGAGGGAGGCAGCCGCCCGGCACACGCACUGCAUGACAUGUGUCAUGACGUGUGUGUCUUGUCCACUCAGCUGUGAUGCGUCUGAGCGUGUAGAGACCGUGGCGGCAAAGGAGGAAACGUCCGAGGGCGAGCACCCGGCAAAAUCGACACCCGACAAAAGCGACGGGUAUAGAGGGGCGGCUACACACGAUGGAUACGGCACGAACCGAGAUUCCCCCAGUGCCAUUCCCUGACCUGUCUGUCUGUCUGUCUGCCCUUCCCUCGUUCAGGCAGCCGAGCGUGCCGUCAACUGUUGUGUGUGCUGAGGGCAUCGACGACGAUGACCAGUUCAUCACUGUCACACACAGAAAGAAGGCCAACAAGACCAAGACACCCACGCAGCAGCAGCAGCAGCAGCUCUUCGCUCCUAGUGCGUCCUCUCCGUCGUCGGCCAGCCGUCCCUCUCCACCGCUGCUCAGUGUCCCCAAGGGCACCAACCGGUCUGCGGCACGGAUAUCCGUCAACCUACCACCAUACAAACCCAAUGCUGCUGCUUCUGGGUGAGAAGGGAUGCACCCACGGCGGUGGUGGGAUUGCAGGGUGUCACUGGUGCUCUCGUUUGUCAGGUCUAUGUCUGGUUCGUAUCGAUGUGGUGCCGGCCAUGAGGGGAGUUCGAGUGCGUCGGCGGCCGGUGCGUCGCUGUCUGACAUAAUGACGACGGCCACAUCGACCAAACAGCACAGGUCAGAAGGGCAGCAGGACAACAGGAGCCGCGCACACUCAUUUGCUCGCUGUGUGUCUGCCCUGAUUGAUAUCAGUCGCGUGCCGUCUUUCGAGACUCUGCCGUCCCGCCGCUUCGGCGACCCGUUCCCUCCUUUGCUGCCUACCCACCACGCCCCAGAGGACAAUGAUGACACGAUCUCCCUGCCGCCCCGGCCAUCACACCCACCGCCUCGCCACACACACGGCAACCAGAGCCCCCAUACCGCCCUUCCUGCUGCUGGUGGUGGUGCAGCCUCAUUGGCCAGUCCACUUUACGGCAAUGGGUCGCCGGCUGCGGGGCCAUUCCCUGUCGCUGUUGAUGGUGACGUCGGGUAUGGUGACGUCGGGUCACCCCUCCCGCCCGCGAUAUUUCCAAUGUUCGACUCGGACGAGAACGACACGGCAGCACCACCGCACCCACAGACACACCCAGCCGGCGACAGCGACAUCAGCAGUGGGGGCGCCUAUCAGGGCGACAGGUGAGGAGAGAGACACCUAGGACACAUAGAGCAUUGUCUGUGUUGUCAUGUCAUGCGAUUGACUUCCGUCAGUGGGUCGAGUUCGUUCCGUGACCUUCAGCUGCGGCUCGAGUGGGAGAUGGAGGCAAUGCGGCAGCGACAGGAGCGCGAAAUGGACGAAAUGCGACAAAGGUAGGCCAUGCUCACGCAACGACAAGGUGGAUGAGACGUCAUGUGUCUACUUGGUCUCUUGAUUGGUGUGGUGUCAGGCUGGCGGCUCUGAGCGCCGGUCACCAGCAGCAGCAGCAGCCCUCGUCCAGCAGCACAUCGGUCCCGCCCCCUCCCACACAGCACCCGCAGCACCAGCACCAGGGUGGCGAGUGCAGCGUGUGCGCGCCCGCGUCGGUGAUGUACAUGCCCUGCCGACACCUCCGGGUGUGCCCCAAGUGCUACGACGACAACAAGGCCAGGGUGGCGCGUGAACUGACCAAAGUGAGGGCCGAGAACGACCGGCGCAAACGGGAGAAUGAGGAGCGCAUAAGGCAGAAUGAGGGCCGCGGCAAGAACAAGCAGCUGUCGAUGGUGAAGCUGCUGGACGAGCCCCAUUACGUGUGUGAGCACUGCAACGGCAGGGUGGAGUUCGGCGGAUCGGUGGAGGAGGUCAUGCAGUGGGUGGCCAACAACCCACUCACAUGACCCAAAGACCGAAGUGGGUGGAGAAGUCAGUCUGUGUGUCGUUGGCGCGGUCGGUAGUGAGGGGAGAGAUCUGACGAGAGGAAGGGAGGGAUGACGGGCGAGUGUCUUCAAGUAGCUUUAGAGAGACGUGUGGGUCAAGAUCCCAUCGCCCACCACGUCUGUAUAUGUCUGUAUUCGUGUGGCUCUCCAUGUCGACGGGGGCUGGGAGGAGGGAGAGAGGGAGGUUUCCGAGUAGCUUUAGCGCGCAGUGGGCCAAUCUAUCGCUCAACGCGCUUCUCUAUGGAUUAAUUAGCCGUAUGUCUAUCUGUAUUUGUGUACCUGUCAUGCGGCCGAGGGUCCGGUGGGUGCUUUAGCUGCAUGUGCACGUUUAAGCCCGUGUCAGUGGCACGGUCUCUUAUUGAUGCCCGUGUGCUCGUGUGCGUGUUUGCGACGUGCCUGUGUGACCUGCCUUUAUCGGACCGAGUGAGUGCUCGGCAUGCGGGCACCCAUACCCAUGCGAUGUGAAUCGCCUGCCUUUGGAUGGCUGGCUGGAUGACAAAUAGCAUUCACUCAC